AUGCUUGGAAACAGAUACCUCCAACCAUGGAUAUAUCAGUUUUGGUUGUCGCUCAUAUCAUCGCGUGUUAUUCAUGUGACGACAACUCCCGCCAUUGAUGUAGAUAACCCUGGCAAUCUUACCCUUGGCGGACUAUUCGUCCUAACUGAGAUUAAUGAGAAAAGCAAAUGUCUUGACACAAUUUCUUUGGAUGGUCUAAGAUCUUUACUAGCUAUGCAGUUUGCUGUGGAACGUAUCAACUAUGACGACACCAUUCUGCCAAACAUUACUCUUGGAAUUAAAGCAGUUGAUACCUGCUUUAGUCGUGUUCCAGCGCUGGAAUACACCCUUAAGCAUUUUGUGCUUGGUAAACACAAGGGCAAACUGAGUCAAUAUCCAAUUGUUGGACUUAUUGGACCUGCACUGAGUUAUGAAGCAGUUUAUAUAUCCAAGGUAAGCUGUAUAGUUUAUAUAUCCAAGCUAAGUCCUGCAAAUCAGCACUACUACUGUACAGUAGAUUCAAGGCAAUAAGAUUAACCAUGACUGCAAUGCAUUCAAUGCAGCAUGAAAUAUAUACCCGAGUGUUUAUCAUGUUCAAGUAAACAUUGUAACCGUUUGCUUUCUUGAGUAACUUAAGGUGGCGCCGGAUACCAUUAUGCCAACUUGUCCUCAAGUUAUGAAAUUAGACCCAUUUUGAAAGGGAAUGCCUAAUGAGUUGUGAUCCCUUACCCCAGGAUUUUCUAAAAGGACGUAUAUACGUACUAUAUAAGGCCCAGGUAGUGAGAUAAAAGUCUCAUGAAUUUGCUGUUUCUUGACAGAAAAGUACAUCUAUUAAAAGUCAUACAAAAAACCUUGUCCGAAUUAAUUACUUUUAAUCCUCAUUAUAUAAAGCAUUCCAUAAUUUUUUAUAGUUAGCUUAUUUGGACACUGGUAUUUCGACAAGUUGUAAUGUUUGUAUCGUCACUUUAAAUGACUCUGAACAGUUUAACUUAACCAAUUAAAUUUCGAUGAAUAAAGAUGAUGUAAAUGUUCCCUUUAGAAAACGAUAAAACCGUAUACAAAACCUUACGCGGCACUAAAGUACAUAAUGGAGGUGCAUUUUUUUGGGUCCCUCUAAUCUGUAUAAAAAACAUAUAUGCCUAUAUUGAUACAUGUCUGUGAAAUUAUAAAUUAAAAAUCAUUUAAAAUUGAUUGUUUUUCCACCAUAUUAUACUUCCACUCAAAUUUGUACAGUUUAAUUCAUUAUUGUUUUACAGGUUUUAGGGGUAUUUGAAAUUCCAAUCAUCAGCUACAGUGCGUCAAGUUAUGAAUUGAAUGAUAAAACGCAUUAUCCAUAUUUUUCUCGCACUAUACCAUCAGACCUAUCUCAAGCUCAAGCGAUGGUUGAAUUGCUUCAAUAUUUUAACUGGACGUAUGUGUCCGCUGUGUACACUGAUGAUUCCUAUGGUGUACAUGGGAUCAAACUGUUGAAAAGUGAAGCCAAAAAACGCGGUAAGUUUAAAUAAACUUAUCAUAGGCUAUACAGCAUAUACUCAUUAUAGUUUGGUUUUACUAUUACUAAUAAGGAUAUACGUUCUUCAUUUCCCACUAAUUUUAAUUUUAUAGUGCUUUUUUAUUGUCGUAUUGUGAUAAGUUAAACACAAAAACAUUGUUUUAAAAAUGUUCAUCAUCCGUCGAAAGCUAAACAAUAUUAAAAUAUUUAGAGUCACCCUUAAUUGUUAAUAUACUCAGGCAGUGUUGCCCUUAGUCUCCUCAUUUGUUAUAUGUAUCUGUACGCCAAAAUGAGGCUUUAGAUAUGAAAACAUUAAAGGCUCCGAAAAGACCAAUUUUCGAAAGCAGCGCAUUUGAAUUAACUAAAUUUAAUAUUACUCUUCUCAUGGAUACUUUUCUUCAUUCAGGGAUAUGUUUUGCUACUGAAAUACAACUACCAGUGAUUUACAACGAAGCUACGUACCGUGAAAAAAUUGGUCAACUGGCAAAUCUUAAUAAAAAUGACGUCAUCGCAUUGUUUUGUAUUGGUGCAGCAAUCAUGCCCAUGCUCAACAUAAUGGCGGGUAUGAUAAAAAACUUUGAUCAAAUCCAGUUAUUUGGCUCAGAGGCCAUGGGCAACUCUUGGCUUUUAGAUAACAUUGCUCAGAUAAAAACAGGAUUUGUGUAUACCCGGCUAAUAAGUAAUCACAUACCAGACUACCAAAACUACCUGGGAAGUUUAAGCGUCCAAAAUAUAAAUUCGAACAUGGCGGCGUUGAUUAAGCUUUCCUAUGAGCAAAUCAUGAAUUGCACUUUCAAAAAUGGCACGAUGAAUUCAGAAUUCAAGAACAUGCAAAGAUGCAACUCAAGUCAGACAUUUGGAACUGCGUUAUCGCCAGGUUAUUCGUUCUACGUCAGUGAUAGAGUUAUAGAUGCUGUAUACGUUUUUGCGCGUGGUCUUCACCAAGUACUGAAAGCUACAUGCCCAAGUUUGUCCAACUGUGAGCAAACCACCAAAAUAUCUGGCUCGUUAUUACUCGACACUAUCCGUAAUUCUAGUUUCCCAAGCGUUGAUGGCCGGAGAGUUGAUAUAGAUAGUGAAGGUGAGGUGAAAGGAGGAUAUACAUUUCAUUUCGUCAUACCAGGAAACAAGAUUGGUACAUGGCAGAAUAUUAAUAUUGGUAGUUGGCUAGGUCGGCUGAAAAUGAAUUCCAGUUCAAUUUCUGUUUUGAAGUCAAUCUCUGUUAAAACACAAUGUUCUGAGCCAUGUAAAGACAACAAAAUUAAACAACGUAUCCCUGAAAAACCAGUUUGUUGUUGGACAUGCGUGGAAUGUCCGGCUGGUUCCAUUGCUAUUAACGAAACAACAUGUUAUGCAUGUGGGCAGGGAUAUUUGGCAAACGAACAAACAAGAAAAUGCAUCAAAAUUCAGAAACUUUUCUACAGUUUGGACAAAAGAAUCUCAAAGUUACUGGUCAUUCCGCCUCUAGUACUAUCUGUACUAGGAAUAGUUUGUCUUCUCUUCACUCUAUGCAUAUUCAUCAAGUUCAAUGCUAAUCCAUUGGUAAAAGCAUCUGGUCGUGAAUUGUGCUUUUUAUUACUAACUGGACUGUUGCUAUCAUUCCUUUUCCCUGUUGUGUGUAUCUGUAGCCCAUCAUGCUUCAAGUGUUUGUCGCAAUUUAUUCUUGAUAGUCUUCCCCUCACAAUAUCCCUUGUUCCAAUUGCGAUGAAAACUAACCGCGUCGUUCGUAUUUUUGACCCAACACGCAGAAUAACAGACCAACCGUCAUUCGCGCGUCCACUACCUCAAAUAAUUUUAUCUAUCCUGUUGAUCAGCAUCCAAAUCGUCCUCCUGCUUGCAUUGGUUAUCAUGCAGUUUCCCAAGGAGAAAAUUGUUUAUUUCUCAUCGACAGAAGUGCAUCUUGUUUGCAGUACAACGCAGACCCAGAUCCUUUUUGCACACGUGUAUAACUUAAUCCUGAUAAUAAUUUGUACUUACUAUGGUUUUAGAGUAAGGAAUACACCUAGUAAAUUUAACGAAGUCAAAUGCAUUGCCUUUGCAAUGUACACAUCAUGUGUGAUGAUCGUUUCAUUUUUUGUUGUGUUCGUGGUUGCUGCAACUGGAAGUUCAAAUGAGAUCCUUCAACAGGCUAUACAAUCCUACCGUGUUGUGCUAUUAGCCAUGGUCAUUUUAUUUUGUUUCUUCGCACUCAAAGUUUAUAUCGUUCUUUUUCAACGUGAACGUAUCAAAACCCACCAAUUUUCCUUUAAUGAAGAAAGCACAGCCGUCUGUAAUUCACAGGCAGACGAAGUUAACGUAAGGUAA